GCGUAAAAACCCUAUCAAUUUUAAGACAGGAAGCUACCCCGCAAAAAGUCGCUAAGCAAAGAGCCCGCGAAAUUUAUGACCGGCGGGAAAACUUGACCGCCGAAACCGGCAUGGUCCGUCGGAGUCUAUGAAGCUGAAACAGUUUUUCUUCAAUAAAAACUUUCCAUUUCCAUCGCUAUUUUCUCUCUCUUUUUCCCCUAGAAGUUGUUUUCCCUUCUCCACAUCCUUCACUCCCAAUCGCCCCAGAGUAACGCACUCCUUCGACGACGUCGUACCGGGCUGCAGCGCAGUUUACCGCCACGCCCUCAAAUUCCAGCGUCCGGCAAUAAUUGAGUGGAGCCCAUACCUGGAGAACACCGCUAGCUUCAUUGGCUCGGUCACGCGCGCACCGAAGCGCGUCAACUCAAAAACCGGCAGGUUUGGAGUUCACACCGUGUUGGAGGUCCAAAGAUCCAACCAACCAAAUAUCUCCUCCUUCCAGGUACUUGUGAUGAUGUGGAACAGUGUGGCAGAGCUUGCUUGGGAACACUUGAAAGCAAAUGAUUUUAUUUAUGUUUCAGGUUGUUUGGGGUCUUUCAAUAAAACUGAUGCCAGUGGUAACCUCCGAUUGGGUUAUAAGCUACUGGUGAAGGAGUUGGAAUUUGUUGCUCAAAGGCCUGGCUAUCAAGACCUCAAGAAAUUGAAAUCCGUUGAAGCUGAAUCUGGCAAGCAAAAUGGUCAACAUCGGCUUUAUCUUUGGCAAGUGUUUUUUGCCAAUCCAAAUGAGUGGUGGGAUCAACGAAAGCGCAAGUUAAAUCCGAAGCAGCCUGAUUUUAAGCACAAGGACACUGGUGAAGCUCUGUGGCUGAGUAAAUAUGAUCCUCCAUGGGUUAAAAGACAACUCCAAUUCCUUGACUCAAAAAUUGCCGGAGGAGGAUUUGUAGGUCGUCGUUCUCGUGUCGCCAAUUGGGUUUAUGAUGAGUAGCUGAAAGCAACAAAAGAAUAGACUAUGGUAAUGGAACCAUAUACAUAAUUUUACAAUUUAUGUCAGGGAAUUGAAAAACUAUGAUUAUGUUUGUGGCGCUAUGCUCUAGGCAACAGUUGUCAGCCAUAAGAAAAUUUCACUUGAUAAUCACUCAAUAGCCUAAAAGAAUGAAAGAAAUAUUCAUUAUUUGUAUAUUCAUAGAGUGAUAGAUUUUGUUUAUUUUCAAAAAAUGAUUUCUUUUUCGAUUUUUGAGAACUUUUAAAAAAGUUAUUGAUUCCUAAAACAAGCUAUUAUCAAGCAUGAGCUCAGUUAUUUGUAUGGCAAAUUCGUGUACCAUAUUCUUGUAGACACAAGUAAAAACCCUUUUAC